AUGGAUCUUGAAUGGUCUCUCCCAGACAUCAACAACACAGUUGAUGAGUAUGCCAAGUUGGGUUCGCUAGGAGUUAUCUGGACAGUGCCUCUAACCCAGCAGGUUCUUUCCCAUGAACCCCAUAGGAGUUCUACGGAAGAGUUGUUGGAUGGAUCUGUGAAGCUAUUGGACGUAUGUGGGAACGUGAAAGAUGUUUUUUCACAGACAAAGGAAUGCAUCCAGGAACUCGAGUCAUCAUUCCGGAGAAGGAGAGUAGGAGAUCCUGAAAAGGCAAGUGAAGUCGAGACAUACAUCAAAUCUUGGAAAAAACUGCAGAAAACGGUCUCAAAACUGUUGCAUCAUUUGAAGAAGAUGGAGAAGAAAAACCACCUGAGAAGACACUCGAAACAUGAGGCUACUCUCAGCAUAUUAAGAGAAGCUGAAGAAAUCAGUUUUUCAGUAUUUGAGUCCCUGUUGCAUGUCCUUUUGGCGCCAAGGAAAAGAUCGAAGCCCAUCAGUUGGUCAUUGGUCUCAAAUAUGAUGUCACCUAAACGCGUGUCAUGUGAUGAGAAAGCAGGAUACGACAAAAUCGAAGGGUCGGAUGUUGAGUUGACCGAUCUGAAAUCUGCUAAAGAUGGAAAUCCUCAAGUAUACAAAGUAUCCAAGAGAAUGGAGGCAUUGGAAUCAAGCAUUCGCGAAAUUGAGGAGGACCUGGAAUGCAUUUUCAGAAGACUUGUCAAAACAAGAGCUGCUCUUCUGAAUAUAAUCAACUGA